CUCGCUUAUUCCUGGCAAUGCAUGUCUUGUGUCAAAUUAGUCCUUUAAUUUCAUUUUGCGUUGGCAAAUGACUACUAAUCCUAUGUGACUUCAACCCGUUCCCGCUCACUAUACCUGCGUGGACGCUCAUGCCCAGCUCGCAGUUAAAUCUCAUCUGGUAUACCAUUCCGGGUGUCAGUAGAUGUGAGUGGACCAGAUCGGGAUGCCAUUGUGCAGAGGUGAAUUCUGGCCUUUGUCGCUGUAGCGGUUGUCCAGGAACCGUUGACACUUGGGCUGCACUGCUCGGAGUCGAAGGCUUAACUUCGUUCAAGAUGAAGACAGUGGAGAAGCACAACCGGACUUCGAGCGACGACGAUCCCGCUGAAGUAGGUUUUCAUUCAUCCGCGUCGUUUUGUGCUUUUCUUUCCCAAGUCUCUACUACAAUCGAAAUCUGUUUCCUUUGGACUGUGCAAGUUCGAAACUUGCCGAUCACCAGGUUGUUUUUCCAUCGGAACAUACCUUGACAUUCACUUAAUCGAAAUCUGUUUCUCUUGGCCUGUGCAAGUUCUUUUUCC